AUCAGAUCAGAGGUGUGUACAAUAAACCUGCAACGUCAGAUGUUUGUAGAGAAUAUGUCGUAUUUUCUAAUGUUAUCUGCGUUGGAGGAUUUUAGUUUUUAAUCCAAAAAUGGAAAAUGGCAGACAAUUGCAAUGAUCAAUCCUGGAUUGCAGAGUUAGAAUCUGCUCUAAAAGAAGAUGGAAGUGUUGAUAUAGAUGGUGUAAAUGAAGAUCCUUUUAUACCAGAUGCUCUUCGCCCUGAAAUAUGGAAAUCUUGUUUAUUUUUCAACCAUCAUAAACCACCUUAUUUCGAUGAAAUAUUUGAUCUCCCGGAACAAAAAAUAAUUAGAGAAGACUGCCAAAAUUUUGUUGACAAGCUUGGUAAUGCCGAAGAAGAGAAACUGUGUGUGAUUUCUGAUGUAGAAUGCCUGGUUUCAACUUAUUGUCGUAACACAGGGAUAUCUUAUACUCGAGGUAAUGGAUGGUUAGACCUCCUCGCCCCUCUUCUUGCCCUAGGACUUCACACGGAAGAUACCUAUUCCCUCUUUGAGGGUUUGAGAUCUCGGUACGUUCCUAGAAGUUAUGGAGAGUUAUGGGCAUUAUUCAGGCUUCUUCUUUUAUACCAUGACCCGAACUUAUGCUCAUUCCUUGAUACCAAGAAGAUAAGUCCCGAGAGCUAUGCAGCACCAUGGUUUCAGACAUUGUUUGCUGCACCUUGUUCAUUACCAGUCGUUACAAAGAUAUGGGAUCUUUAUUUUCAACAGGCGGAUCCUUUCUUCAUGCUUUUCCUUGGCCUUGUCAUCAUUAUUAAUGCAAAGGAUCACUUAUUAUCUUUGAAAGAUUCAUCCAAAGAGGCAGUGUGCGAAGCAGUUUCAUCUAUUCCUUCUGGUCUCCAAGAAUCUGAUAUCGAAGAUCUUUUCGCAUUAGCUCAAGAAUAUGCUAGCAGAACUCCUGGUUCAUUUAGGCAGGAUUUGGAAAGGCGUGUAUUCGAAGACGAUGAAGUAGCUGAAGGGGCAGAAAAAAUUAGCCAGGCACUUUGUUUACCUGUUUCAGUUUCGGAGUUGGUAGAAAAUAUUCAUCUGCCCCCUGCUAUAGGUGAAGAGUUGCUGAGGUUUUUUCUAGUCGACUGUCGGCCAGCUGAUCAGUAUAAUGCUGGACACUUGCCCACUGCAUUCCACUUAGAUCCUACUUUGAUGCUGCAGGGAACUAGUGUGUAUAAGAUGGCCGUUCAAGGACUUCUUUCUGCUCAGCAACAAGCUUUAGAUGCAGGUUCUUCCGCUGGUGGAGAACAUCUCUGCUUUAUUGGCUGCGGAGCCCUCCAUGAAGAUCAAUACACUCACAUGGUUGUUGCUGGGUUUUUAAGAGAUUACCGUCCUUAUGUUUCUAUUCUCUCUGGAGGUUAUCAUGCACUUCACAACUAUUUCGGAGACAAUGUGGAGGAAACAAUGUCCGACCAUAAUCAAGAAUCCUGCCGCGUCUGCCUGGAAUCGGGAUCUCAAGCUGGAAAUCAAAAUGUUGGUACAAAUGGUAGCAGUACUUCGCCAUCAAAGGAUUUGUUUGGAAAAAUAGGGGCAGUUGUUAAAUCAAAAUCUGCAGAGGUAAAAGAUAAACUUCUAGAAUACAUUGUCAAUCCUACUGGUGGAAAUGUGAGCGAGCGUCAUGUUAGUCCAAAUGAUAGACGUGGGAAAAGGUACAGAGGAGGCUCAGCUGUAUUUACUAUCGAUGAUAGCCCUACAGUUCCAUAUGCUUACAUGGGCGGGGAUGAAGAAGAAGAGGACUCUCAAUAUGAAACUGUUUCUGUAUCAGCUUGGAAAACUAGACCAGACUUGAUUGCUUCUUUUGAAUGUCAAGAAGUGAAAAUGAACGGGCAAACUUAUGAAAGUGAGCUCUUCGUAAGUGAUAGUCAUGUUUACGUCGUGAGAAAAGGAAGUCGUGGUAAAGGUGAGCUUGUUGUCAAAAAGCCAUUAUCUGCCAUUGCGAAAAUAACUUCUAAAAAGAGAUCACCUGAAGUUAUAACUUUCAAGUAUGGUUCCUCGCAUGGUGAUUCAAUCAUCAUAAGUGAUAUGGACAGAUUUGUUAUUCCUCGGGCAAAUGAAGCAACAUCACUUAUUUCUGAACUGAUUGUAAAGAUUUUAGAAAAAAAAGAAGAAGAAAGCAAUCAGCCCGCAGUAUAAUCAGUAUUUUAGUUAUAUAGCGAAAACUAUUUUACAAAUUUUUUCCUUUUAUCAUUAUUUAAAGAUGUACUUAGUUUUCUCUUUUAUUGUGAUGAUUUAAUGUUAUAAAUAAUGAAUAGUAAUUUAAUUAAUAAAAUUAUAUCUUUGUAUAGUAUAUUGUGCAUUGACAUUUUAUGAAGGAAGAAGAACCUACAUUUGUAAUGGCCAUGUACUGAUUUUUUUUUUUGUACUUCACAACGAAAUAUUUUAAUUAUAUUUUUAAAGAAUUUAUAUCAAGUUCAGUGAUAAUUUUUUAGUAUUUAUUUACUUAUCAUUCUGUAAUGGUAAUUUUAAGGAUUAUUUUCAAAAUUAAAUUAUCUUUGUUGGGUUCUCAAUAAAAUAUUAAAUCGUAGCUAGGUACUUCUAAUCAUAAUAAAAUGAUUUUCAGGAAUUUAUAAUUAUUAGUUGGUAAAAGAAAACUAAUUUAUAAUUAUAUUUGAAGCUGUAUUAUAGGAUUUAAAAAAAAUUGUGAAUUUUUAAAAAGUUAUUUGCCUUGUUUGGUUGUUUGUCAGAUCUGGUGUUUCAGUGAAAAGAAAUUUAUCGAUCGGUGUUAAAUGUUUUGCCUGCACUCUAUAUUACCAAUUCUACUUAUCCAUCCUCUAGAGAACAGGGAUCACAAACCUUUUGAUAUCUGUCAUUUUUAAACAACUUUUAAAAUCAUUAUAGAUGCAAUAAUUCAAAUUGAGUAUAAGCCUCAGGUUAAUUUUUUAUUUAUUUAUUUUUAUUGUAUUAUUAUUCAUUUUUUUCUUUCAGCACCAUUAAGAUAUAUAGACUAUUUGUCAGUACAACAAUUUGUGGUGCAGAGAACUGUAAAAUUUAUGUAAAAACCAUUUACCCUUUUCCUUUGAACUAUUAUUUAAAACUAUACUGAUUACAUCAACUCAAUUUGGUUUAGAGGCUAAAUAAUAUCUCUAGCAUUGACUAUUUAAUUUUAUGUUUUGGGUUAAACAAAUUGACUCGUACUAAAUUUUGAAAUAAAAGGAAUUUCAUAUAAAGAAGUAUUAUUGUAAUGGAAAAAGUCAAAUCUUAAAACCAUGUCUAGCAGAAGAUAUACUUCAGGAGUCAAAAUAUUCCAGAGAAAAGCAGUGAAUGUUAUUUUCAUAAAUUAUGAAAAAUGAAGAAAUACAAUUCUUCAGUUCGUUCUUUGUUACCAUACUAGUAUACUGAUAUAUACCAUACUAUACUGAUAACAACUUUUAAGAUUUUAUCAUUAAUGUAAUGUCAGUAUAUUUCUCAUUGUCCAUUAUCUCACUUUUCAAACUUAUUCCGGUUAUUUCAAGGUAAAUAAUAAUGUCAACACAGAUCCAUAUGGUUUUAUUUUAUUUUUAGUGAACAUUAAAUAUAAAUGUUUUAAAUUAAUUUUAUUGUAAAACAAAAUGUAUAUAUGUAUUUUCUGUUUUAAUAAAAUGAUUAUUAAAAACAAAAUGAAUUUUCAUC